AACAUAAUGUUAAGAACGUUAAAGCGAGGGUUAACUUACUCUCGAAAAUUGUUUGCGAAAGAAACGAAAGUUGCGAAAAUUGCAAAUUUAUUUAUUUUGAAAAUAAGUGCGUCACUGCCGAAAAUGUCGCUUGAUCUGUGAUCGAUAGAUAUUCGUAUAAACAUGAACUGUUCAACGAUCUCGUGAUUCUCGAUCUGUGUUCUCAGAAUGCCCCUCGUAAGAGCAUGGUUUAAAGUGUGGGUUUACUUGGGGCUCGUUUUUUGCGGUUGGGGCAAAGGCGCACGUCCACGUUUUGAUACUUCCACGGAUAUGGGGUUGGUAUUGGUUCCAGCCGAUGCCGAAGUCGAUUCUGUGAUUUUUCGAUUGCGCGCCACCGAUCAAGAUGCGGAUUUUCCUCUCGUGUUUGAAAUAACCGGUAAUUAAAGAGAAGAAAAAAUACAAGCAAUCGACAACCUGCCAUGCACGUUGUACAACAAAGUCUGUCAGGCCAAUGUAAUUUUAACGAAACGUCUUAUGCCGGGACGUCUUCACGAUUUCGCCGUCAGGGUUCGAGAUACUAAGGGAGACUCAAAUUCGAUGCAGGCUACCAUUUCCGCAACGAACGCCACAACCUCGCGUGAUAAAAUAUUCCCUCACAUUCCUUCUCUGAUAAUGGUACCAGAGGACGCUAAACCCGGAAGGGAACUAGACUAUAUUCUUGUACGCGCAAACUCUUGGAGCGGCAAGCCAGUUUACAUCGAAUUAUGGCAACCAAAAGAACUUUUCACCAUUCGGCAACGACAAACGCCCACUCAAACGCGCGGAAUUAUCACAUUGAUCGGCGAGUUGGAUUUCGAGACGCAAUCAAUGUACACCCUUACUAUUUACGCAACCGAUCCUUAUACAGAACCUGGAAAAGAUACCAGAAAUAUCGCAGGAUUGAAUCUUGUCGUUAUAGUGCAAGAUGUGCAAGAUGUGCCGCCAAUUUUCACCUUAGCACCCCCUUUGACUAGGCUUAAUAAUUCCGUGCAAACCGGAGACGUAAUAUUACGAGUUCACGCGGAAGAUGGGGACAAGGGGGUGCCGCGUGAAAUCACGUACGGUUUGGUGUCCGAGGGCAAUCCUUUCAUACCGUUUUUCAAUAUUUCGGAAACAACUGGUGAGAUCGUUCUCGCGAAGCCUCUAGAGGAACUCACACAAAUUACUCAUGUCGGCGCACCGGUCGUGCUCACCGUGGUUGCUGAGGAAAUACGAAGAUCUAGAGAUGAGCCGCCGGCUCAGGCGUCGGUCGUCGAUGUCGGUUUCCUUCUUGGAGAACCGGGCAACAGCCCGCCAUAUUUUGAGAAUGAUAACUACGUUGCGUCGAUACCUGAGAAUUUGGAACCAGGUUCUAUAAUAAUGUUUCCCGAGCAAUAUUCGACUAGAGUCCGCGAUGAAGAUAUUGGUAAAGCUGGUGUUUUCGCAUUGAAGUUGAAAAAUAACAAUGGCACUUUUGAGAUAAAUCCGACUGUUGCUGAAAGAACGGCGGAUUUCAUUAUCAUGGUACGAGACAACACACUCAUCGAUUAUGAGAUGUAUGAAAGUUUAUCUUUUAAGAUUAUUGCUCAAGAAGUUGGUCCAGCAACAAAUCUUUCGGCGUCAGCGGCAGUCGUAAUAUUUAUACAAGAUGUUAACGAUAAUCCGCCAAUCUUUGACGAAGAAUCUUAUGAAGUUACAUUGUCCGAAAAUGUCACAGCUGGAACUCGGGUGAUUCAAGUACAUGCAACUGACAAAGAUACUGGACUUUUUGGUAGUAUUCAAUAUACAGAUAUAACAGGGCAAGGAAGCGAUGCUUUCGCAAUAGAUACCGAUACGGGGUUAAUUACAGUCGCAAUGGGAUCGUCUCUAGACCGUGAAAUGGCAGCGCAAUUACAAUUAACUGUAAAUGCGCGCGAUGAAAACGGCAAAGGAAACCUAGGCGUUGUACCUUUGAUAGUGAAUUUAUUAGAUGUAAAUGACAACGCCCCGAUUUUCGAAAAAAGUGCAUACGAAUUUACAUUAAAUUCUGAUUUAACAAAUUUUUCAACACCUGCCAUUAUAAGGGCUACGGACGCCGAUGCUGAACCGCCGAACAACGAGAUUCGUUACGAAUUGAUUCAAGGAAAUUAUGAAAAUAAAUUUUAUUUGAACGAAAUUACUGGGGAAUUGAUACUGCGUUCACCCAUCACAAAGUUCCGGCGGAAGAAACAAAGCGUAUACGACAGUUUUUCGAAGAAACACAAAGGAUUUCGUCAAUCGGAGAAUGUGACACGAGAGAUUCUAAGAAGAACAACAACAGUGUUCCCGGAUGUGGCUAAUUCAACUGAAAACGUUACAAGUGAAACAGAAUUAAAACAUCAAAAUGGCGAGAUAAAGAGACAUCGUAGAAAACGAGCGGAAGCUGAUGUUUUAUACACUCUAACUGCCAGGGCGUAUGAUCUUGGUGUACCUCAUCUCGCGAGUGAAACAGAAAUCUCUAUCGUCAGAGGAACUGCCAUGGAAGCUCGCAUAAUGAUGUUUGUAGUGCCAGGAGAACGUCCAAAUUUAACGAAAACCGCGGAGACGUUAGCCACUAUCACUGGUGGACGAAUUACCGUAUUAGACACACGCCCUUACAUAACGAUCGUGAUAGCCCGUGUCGAACAAACCGAAAUCGGCACUCCCCUGGUGGACGUGGAAAAAAUUCGCAAGACAUUAGCCGCGAAUGGGGUGGGCAUCAUCGGUGGCGCGGGCACUGCCAAUGUAUCUAUGACAUACGACUACAAUACUACCACGAAACUUCCAAUCGAUGGGGUAAUUCAUGGGGGAGAUAGCGGGGGGACCUAUGUAAACAAAACGAUCAGCAACGUUCACGAGGAAGUAACUGUCUACAGAGCGGAGAAUAAGCUACUCUUUUGGUUACUGAUUAUUCUGGGCCUACUAAUGCUGCUGGCUAUCGCAGCACUCAUCAUUUGCUGUAUCUGCCCAGGCUGUCCAUUUUACAUGGCACCCAGAAAGCGAAGAGUUUACUCCUCGGAAACACUGAUCGCUCGAUCUGAUGGUCGACCGAAACGACAUCUUCAUCGGAAACCAAUGCCUGCAGUCGAAAUAGUUACAUCGAACGGAAAGAAGCAAGCUUGGAGCGCAGAUCCAACACGAAGAAACUGGCAAUUCAAUCGUCGAAACACAAAGAACGGCGGCUUAGCGUCCCUUCCUGGUGACGUCGUAUACAUUUCGGAGCGUCCUCCGAUCGACCAAGCAAAUGUGGAGUCGCUGAGACUACGUGACGGCCCAUCAUACGAUCCUUCGAGAAGGAGGAGAAUGGAAGAGCAGGAGAGAAUGUAUGUGGAGGAUGUCGAGGAGAGGAAGGUUAGAGAUUACGAUGCCGCAGACACAGAUUCCUUGCAACGACACGAUAUCGAACGUGGUUCGGAUAUUCAGCGUCAAUCUUACAGACAAAGAUAUGUCGAUCCUGAUUUAAACAAUGAAACAGCAAUAAGAGAGCAACACUUUUAUCGUGAGGGAAACGCAGAGGUGCUGCAAUUAGUAACGCGAGGACAAGUGGAGGAUAGAAAUCAACAUCACCAAUAUCCGACGACCUUUGUGAUAGAUGGCAAGGACGUACUUUUGCAGCGAUUCAUUCAGGAUCAGAAAACGCGGCACGACUUGCAAGAACCUGAGGCGGUGCGCACCAUCGAGUCUCAUCAACGUCCCAGAAAUUUAUAUCAGCACAAGCAGGAGAUUCUUCUUUUGCCAGAAGAACUGGAUGUUAGACAACGACGUGCGGAGGAAUUAGAAUCCGGCGUGCGAAAGUUGAUGACGCACGACGAAUACGCGGCGCAAAAUAUGGACGCGGAAAGCCAGAUGCGAGACGUUCAACGUCAAGAAAUCUCGACGAAUGUGGCAGGAAUAUCAUCUACGGACAGACCGAUGGCCAAGGAGCAGAUGCAAACCACGACGGUGCAGUCGUAUGCGUUUCACGAUUUGGAAUUGGCGAGGCAGAACGCACUAUUGACGAGGCUACUUUUGGAGAGGGAAUCCAGGCACGUUGGUGGCGUAAUGAUGGACGCCGCGAGUUACUUGGAAACUCAAAGUCUUCCCGGGCAAGUGGCAAUCGCGACGCAGACCGACAGAAUUGCUGCGACACAAACGGAACGACAGGUCCGAAGCAGAAGUGAUAAUGACGAGUCCGACGAGGAUACGCGAAAUCGAAAGAAAACGAAGAAGCGCCAUGGCGAGGGCGACUUAAGAACGCGGACUUUAUGGAUGAAAACGCCCAUCGAGGAAGAGGAGGGCCCACGUUUUGACAAACGAUUGAGGAUUUUGAGAAAGAAAGUGCAGGAAGUGAAGGAGAGACGGAAAGCGUCCUUAGAGCCUGAAGUGUUGAGGGAAAUUUCGGAUUCUCUUGAUGAAAACGGAAGUACUUGCCAUGACAGGGAAAGGAAGAUGACGAAAACUGGUCAACAGUCUACUGAAGAAAGCAGUAUCGGAUACAAAGUAUUGGGAGAAGAGAAAAAUGGCUUUUCUUCAUCAACAGAGUUAGGUAAGCGCCAGUAUGAAAAAUCUUCCAAUGAAAAAACAGUGGAGAGCUUGUCAUCUCCGGAAAUGUAUGAUAAUGGAAGAUAUAUUCGCGAAACGACGGAGAAGACUUCAAGGAAAGAGAGUAAAAUAAAGAAGCACAAGAAGGUAGAAUCCAUGAUAAAACCUAGCUUUCGGGUUUUAGAAAAGGAAAUUACGUUGCUGACGAAGAAAUUGAGUAAACUUGCCGACAAAAAAGUACACCAAACUACGGGAGAUGAAAGUACAAGUCAAGAAAAAUCGAGAUCACCGAAGGACCCCAAGAGAGAUUCGGAUCACAGUAAGAAAACAGAAGACCCAAAAAAAUAUAAACGGUUUGUGACGUCACCAAGUGUAUCGAAAGAGACAAAGAAAGAAAAAUUCAAAUAUCAACAACCGCGAAUUAUGAGUCCCGGCAGUUCUGAAUAUGAGGACGCAUUUGAAAAAUCGGAGAAGUUGAAAUCAACAUGUCAAGAACCUGCAAAGCACAAACAAGUGAGUAGUCAUACGAAAGUAAAAAAGCAAUUACAAAUCGAGCGUAAAGAUCGUAAAAAGCAAACUGUACAGCAGGAUCGAGAGCAGAAGCGCGGAAAUGCCACGAGUAGAGAAAACGGCAGAUCGAAAACUGUAAAAUCUACCAAAUUAUUGCCGCGUGCGCAAAAGUUGGCAGCGAUUGGUCGUAAAGACCAUGUUCAUAUCUCGGAACUUAGCACGAGCACAAGUUCCGAGCGUACAAACGAUAAAAAGGACAGGUCGUUCAUCAGACAGGAUUUUGAUAAGAAAAGCACGGAAUCUUCGGAGAUCCCGUCGAAUCAUGUAAAACAGCGAAAAUUGCAACAAAAAUUAAAUUAUGUAAUCGAGCCUUUCUCUGAUGAUUUUGUGAUAGAACCACGGAGAAGAGACAUCGAUCAGCAAAGCGCAUUUCAUUUAAUAAAGGAUACAAGUAUGGAUAAAGAGGACAUUGCGAAAAGGGACAUCGAAAUAAUACAACAAUUUUCUGACGACUUCACGACAGGAAUACAGACGGAAGAUCUGGAACAUCGAAUACAAGCCGCCAUUGAAAGUGAAAUUAUCAAACAAAGAGCAUGUCAUGAAUUUGAGAAAGAAGACGUGAGUUUGGAGGAACCGACUGAUGUAACUGAAAGUGAAGAACAAAGUAUAAAUAAUAUUGACAAAGAACAUUUGUCACUAAAAGAAGCUGCUGAAGAUUUUAUUAUUUUGGAUCAUCCGCAAUCAAAAAGUGAAACAAUAUUAGAUAUUGACAAGAAAGAAGAAUCUAAAUCAAUUGUUGAAGUUUCUAGUAAAGAAUUGGAUGACGGUAGUAAGAAAACAAUUCCUUCGGAUUCUUUUGUUCAAGAAACAUUAGAAGAACAUCAAAUAGAGAAACCACAACCUCAAAACGGCAAAAGUACAAUUGAAAGAAGAACAGCUUAUAUAUUCGGAAAACAUAAAGCAACAGAAGAAUCCUUUUAUGAAAGUGAAAAGGAAAUAUUAGACAAGGAAGAAAUUAUACCAGAAAAGGAUGACUUACAUGACUUACGGAGAUUAAGAGAUGCAGAAAAGACCGCAAAGAAAGAAGCAAAUGGCUCGGAAAAACAUAUAGAAAGUUUGAAAACAGGUGACAGAUCGGAACGCACAGAUGAAGAAAAAGAACACAAAAAGGACGGGAUGCAAAGUGACAUUAGUCCAUCAAAAAUACACAAAGAUUUAAAAGAUAUUGAAGAUACUGCACAGCUUUUACUUUCAAGCGAGAAAGAAAAAAUUAUAGAAUUACAUAAAACUGAAAGCGAAAAAGCUGAAGAAUCAAGUCCUGAAUCAAAGAAAACUAUCGAGGAAAAAAUUCCAUCAGCAAAAAAUGCAAUAGAUAUUGAAAAAGAGGUGGUGAAAGAAUUAAUACAGAAAGAAGAUGAAGCGGACUCAUUACAUACAAUUAAACAUGGCGUAGAAAAACCAAAAGAGUCUACUCAGGAAGAAAUUGUAGAAAUGGAAAAACUGACAACUAAAACGUUUGAAGAACCGUCUAAUAUCAGUCAAUCUUUUAAAGACGACACUCAGAGCGCGUUUUCAAUUGAUGAUGACACACUAUUAUACAUUGAUGAAAAUAGUGAUGAAGCGUCGAAAUUAGAUGAAGAUUUAAUGCAAUCUAAACUUGCCAAAUUAACAGAUGUAAAAGAAGAUAGUGAUCGAGAUAAAUUCAAACAUUUAAGUGGUGAUCUCGCAACAAUGAUAGAAAUUGAAAGUCAUGAAACUAAAGAAGAACCGCACAUAUCCCCUCAAAAAAUAUCUGACAUUCAAGAAGCGAAACAGGAAAAAAUUGAUGAUGAGUCUCUUACACCUUUAAUGGACAUUGCUAUUUCCAAAGAAGAAGCCGUUAAAGAGCAAUUACAAGUUGAGCCUACAAAAGAGACAGAAGAAUCAUUUCUCAAAGAACAUGAAGACGGAACAGAAAAAAUAUCUGCAUUAAAGGAAAGACCUGAUGAAGAAUUCAAAGAAAUUUUGGAUAAAGAAUCUUCUACCGAUCAGAUGCCGAAAGAUUCAAGUCUAGACAAACCAGCUGAACCAGACAAAGUGGACAAUUCUGUAACAGUUUCUGAGAAUGCAGCAGUUGUAGAAGGACGUGACAAAGGAGAGCAGCAAGCAGACGUAAGCGUUCCAAUUAUUAGCAGCUUUAUUGACGAUAUGACACUCGAUAUUUCGGAGGAGAGUGACUCAUCCAGUGAUAUUUCCAGGAAAACAACGCUGACCACGAGACCCUACGAUACUCCACGCCAUCGGCAAAAAUGGCAGCAACAAGAAAGCCUUGAGAUAGCGGAAAUGUCUGGUAUAAGAACUUUCAAAGAUGAUAUUAGGACAGAACCAGUCGGACCAGAAGAAGAUACGGAUAGUAACUUAUCUCUCGAUGAAAUUGAAAACAUGAAAGAUUCAAUCACAAGUGAAACAACAAGUGAAUUAAGAGAAGAUAUGGAAACAGUUACGUCUGAAAAGACUUCUUCUGAUAGUGAAAAAGUUUUAUCCGUAUCUGAUCUAAAAAAAGGAAACGAUAAAGAUAGAGCUUUCGAUACAGACAGAGCUUUCGAAUCAAAAGCCGAAAUUGAAGAACUAAAAACCGAUAUAAAAUCAGAAAUAAAAGACUUAUUUACGACAAUUAAAGAUAUAGUUCCCUUGACUCGAAGUGUCAAGGAAUCCAAAGAAAAUGGUGAAACUCCGACAAAGGAAGACAUAGAAUCUAAAAGCGAAGUUGCUACACCUCGCAGAAAGAUCGAAGAAGUUUCUCAAUCCGUGAAACAAGAUGAUAAAAGUGAAAUUAGAUUACUUUCAAAUAAAUCUGAACAAACAGAUACAAAGAGAGAUAAAAGAAGUAUUGAAAGCAUUGAAAUGGAUAAAAUAAAAAUUGAAGAGAUAGAUAAAGUAAAAAGUAAAGAAAAUAAAAAUGUAUUGUCGGCUCCACAAAAAUGUAUUGAGAGAACAAUAUUUUCUGAGCGUUCGAUAAAGAAAAAACCUGAACGACCAAAGGCGCCUUCUUCCGAGGAAAGAAAACGCGUUUUUGAUAAAUCGGAAGAAAAAGCUGCGCCAAGUCGUUCUCAUUAUCGCAAGUUUACUGCUGAUGAUUCAAAGAAACAAACAAGAGAUAGCGAAUCGCAGAAACGAUCACCACGAAGGAAAGAUGAACAUCAGCAGAAACAACUGGCGGCUAAAUUUAAAACAAAUAAAAAAUCUACAGUUUCUCCAAAAGCCGGCGAGAUUGACACGAGUAAAACGCAAUCAAAGUACAUGGCUUGGUACAAUAAAAACCGUGAAGAGGCGGAGAAGAAGAGAUCGGAAAGGAAAGCCGCCGCGGAUGAUGAGGAACAGCUACCACGCUGGGUAAGUAGAGGGUUGAAGCAAACGACAAAGCAAAGAGAAAAAUUAAAUGUGGAACACAAAACCCCAGAGACGACGCCGCGUACCAGACGCAAAAUCAAACCAUUGGUGAACGUUGAAUCCGAGCAGCUAAAAGCCAUCGUGCGUCAAGGGCGACAAUUAAGGAAGGCCGAGGGUAUUCUCAAGGAAGACCCUCCGAUUCAGAUAUUCGCUAGAACACCGCCGGCUUCUAUCUCGGACACGCAGCAUCGAUUGCUGCAACACUCGGAAUACAAAUACGAGAAAAUACCGCCGCCAUUUUAUCUUCAUCCACCACCUGCGCCGCAUCCGUCGCCGCAAUUAUCGCCAGAGAGAUCUCUCGAACUACAACCGUGUAGAUCACAUCACGAGCAAUCCGAGGAUGAUCUGCAUUCGGAAAAUGCCGCGUCAUUUCAAAGUGGCGGUCGUUUACGCCAUCAACAACUACUCGAAAAGAAAAGCGUCUUCGAUAUUGCGUACAGCGAAGCUGCGCCGUCGCAACUCCGAUCUGAUAGCGCAACUCCGCCAUCUUAACUCUCAUAAUAGACAUUAUUAUAUGCAU